CUGCAAAAUGUUGGUAAAAGUAGAAGAUCAGAACAAAGGGAGAUCGUGAAGCGGAUUCGGAUUCGCAGCAUAUAGUACGAGACGAAGAAAAUUCACAGCAUUAACGUGUUGGUGGUGGUGAUGAGACUGUACAGUAGUGUGCGUGCUAUCGUUUUAUGCUCCGCCACAGUGCACGUAGAAGGAAGAUGGGAAGAAGAAAUUACCAAGAACAGAUGGGAAAAAGCUAUAUUUUGUACCGUGUGGAUCUGGGCGCGUCAGGCUUUGUAUGCGUGAGAUCGCAAGUAGAGCCGAGUGGAAGAGAGCACUCGUGUCGUGUGAGAGAACGAAAAAUGCCAUACAUAAGUAAGCUGCGCCGGAACGAGGCAGCGAAAAUAAAAAAAAAACAUCGGCGUAUUGACAGUUUUUCUGUGACACUGACAGCACGCGCGGGAAAGAAAGAGCAGACAAUAUAUUUUCUCAAUGUUAAGCUUCAUCUCAUUUGGUGGCUUUUUGCGAAGUGUGCGUGAGAGUGGGUGUGUGCUCGUGUGUGUGUGUGUGCGCACACGGUUGCUGUCGGACACGGCAGGGCGGUGUAGCAGAGAGUGAAGAGCACAGCGAGAGAGAGAAGCUGUUGCUGUACGCGCACGGGCUGCUGUGCUGGGAUAGAAGAGCAGGUUCAAUUCUCAGUCAAUAGCAAACGCUCGUCCGCACCGCUAGUGUGAGCGCGCACGCGGUGAUAUGCGCGCGUGUGUGUUUGUGUGCAUGUAUGUGCGAUUCGCGUUUUAUGUUUUUAUCUUCGCUACGCCACCGGUCAGCACCACCACCUACCCCCUUCCGAUGGUACGCACAGAAUCACUGGCAGGCGAGAUUAUUGUGUGAGGCCCUUCGUCGUGAUUCGUGGUGUAUGGUGUGUGCGUAUACAGUGAGAAAAAGGCAGCGCAGCAAAGUGACAGCAUCGGGCACGGUAAAGCCCGUUUGGUUCCAGACGCCCCCGAGGUGCAACGCCUCUAAUCCCCGCUUGCGGCGGGAAUUGAACUAACCCCGCCACCCGGCACCGUCAAUGGUGUGGCGCGUGUGGGGCCGGUCUCAGAACAACGGUAUGGCAUCCCGCGAGAAGAAGGCACGCUCGGUGACCGCAGACUCUCCCACACCUUCCCUUGGCAGUGCAAACAGUGGCAGCAACAGUAACAUCAGUGCCCUUGCCACUACACCUAGCACCACAAACGCAGCAGUGCCUGGUAGAAGCGAUUCCGCACCCACGACUCCUACGUCCACACGCAAAGGUGCGUCCGGAGCGGGAAAUGUAAAUCCUUCCAGUGCCGUCAGCAGUGACAACGUUAGCGGCAGUGGAAGCAGCAGCACAUCCACCUCGAACACACGUGGUUCUUUGAGUCGAUUGAAAUCCAAACAACAGUUGCUGCAGCAGAACUUAGGCGACGAAACAACAGCAGACGAUUCUGCGACGGGUGUCGCUGCCGGUGGGGCUGAUUCCAUCGUAACCACACCCUCCCGUACGACACGUGGUGGUGGUGGUGUGUCGCGUGAAGAUUCCGCCGGUCGAGAUUCACCGGCAGCAUUCAACACGAAGGAAAAAGAUGAACCGACACUAUCGGUGAGUAGUGCGUCUAAGGACGUAUCUAAAUCGCCCGCGAUCGGUGCUCGUCGUGCUACGGCCACAUCUAAACCAGCAGCAUCUGUUACUUCCGCGACUGAUAAGCGCAAGAAUCUUGUGGUAAACCUGAAACGAACAACCCUACUCAAGCGCAAGGGUAAAAAGAUCAUCGGGAAGCCAAUGUUGGGCAGGAAGGCGGUUGCACGCCGGCAACUGGUGGUGGCAGCGAAAUCAACCGGUACACGCGGUGCAGCUGCCAUGGUUGUCAAAAAGGAAACCAACUCACCGACGAGUUCCACGGCCAAAGAGAAAGAGGAAGAAAUGCCCAGCACGCCCAGCUUACGCAACGGAAAGCCACGCAAUUCGGACAGUCCGGUGGCAAAGCGCAAGUCAACGGCAGUGCUGAAGCAGCAGGACAGUAGCAAAUCGCUCGACAGUCUGACCGGUUCGAUCAAGCUGGAACGAAGACGGUCCAGGUCGGUCUCGAAAUGUUCGGACCUGACAGAGGACGGCGAACCGACCGGGGCAGACAUUAAGCGGGAGCUUUUCGACAAUGAAUCGCGCAGCAAAAUGUUAGACAAGAUGGCUGAAGCGUUCAAUGAGCGAAAAGCCGGUGGUGGUGGUGGUGGUUCAUCACCAAUUGUUGCCGGUUCGAAAGAUGACAAAAUGUCCGGUGGAACGUUACGGCGCAGUAUGCGCCAACGGAAGAGUACUGCACGCGAUAAGGAAGACUUUUUGUCACCCCGUGGAAAGGCGGGCAGUUCGUUGGAUAUUAAAAUCGAACCGGCCGAAUCGCUGGAAUCGUUGUCCGCGGAUGGAGAGUCGGAAGCUACUGUGACCGCUUCGGUGGCCGCUCCACUGACGAUUGAUACGACCGAGACGGAAGUUGCGAUCGGUGCUGAACCGCUGCACAGUGAUGGAACGGCCAGCAGUUUGGGUGGUGGAAGUGGUAGCAGUGUCAGUGCGUCCGGUGUUGGUACCGGUGGUGAGGAAGAGCUACCCGUGGGCAAGGAUCCUUCGCUCAGUCCGGGUGAAUUGGUGAGCGAGGGUGUGUCGGAGCAGAGCGUAAAGGAGUGCUACAGUGAGCCGGCCUUCCUGGAGAACAAUUUGGGUAUCGAGAAGGAUCCAAAGUUGGGCGAAAUCGUACAGGAACGCUUCCGGUGCGACAAGGUUAGUGACGAUGUGGACACAAACGCUGAUGAAGCGAAGAAUGCUACGGGAAUGGGCGCUACCGCUAGUGAUAAUGGUGAUGGUGUUAUGAAGAUCGACGAUCAUGAUGAUUUCGUGUUUGAGGAUACUGAAUCCACUAGCAAAGAACAGGAAGUGAUGGCGACCAAUAUGGUCAAACUGGUUGUAGAGGAUGAGGAAAUGGAAGCAGAAGAGCAAGAUAAAGUAGACGGUCAGGUGAUACGUAAAAACGAUCAAGAAAAUGAAGAUCAGAAGCAAAAGGACAUGGGUAAAAGUGAUGCGCGUGUGGACGAACCGAUGGAGAAGGAAAGUGUUGUGGUAUCGGGUGAUUUAGAUCAGGUUACUAAGAACAGUGAACCAGAAAAAAUGGACAUUACCGAGCAGGAGGACGAGGUGGUAGAAUGUGCAAAAGAAUUGGAUGAUCUGGAAGAAAUAACAGAGGUGACACAAAAGCAAGAAGAUGUGCUGAUAAUUCUAGAUGAAGCAACGGAUACUAUUGAAGAUCCGCAGAAAAAUGUCCAAACUCCCAUCAAAGAAUUGGUGGUAGAGGAAAUAGGUGAUGAAGAUCGCGAUCAAGCUUCCGCAGUUGCUCCCGAUGCUGUUGACACAUCUGGCAGUAACAAACAAAUGGAAAAAGAAAUAACUGAAAGCUCGCCCAUUCCCGCUACAACUGUGUCGUGCAAAACGAAUGGUGAAAGCAACGGCAUUACUACCCCUGCUGGUAGUGGUCAAUCGCGAGAUCAAUCAACACCCAAUCAACAAACAUCGCGAGCGGGACAGCAAAAACCGGCCGCGAUCAGUGCGACAACUCCCAAAACAACAACGCCCGCUAGUGGCAAAGAGACAAAGCCGAAGGCACGCACUACGAAAGAGAAAACCAAGGAGGACGAAAAGACACGGGAGGAAAAGCUGCGACAGGAGAAGCUCCGGGUGGAGGAGAAGGUGCGCGAAGAGAAGCAACGUGCGGAGCGGCUCGAAGCCGAGAAGAGACUGAAGGUGGAACUGAUGCAGCAAAAGCUGGCUGAAAAUGGGCUUGAUGUGGAAGCAUCGCCGGCACCAACAACACUCAAGACUGGUACCGGCACUAAGAGUGGUGGCAGCAGUCCGGCAGCCGAUAAAGAAACCCUGAAGACUGAACAAACGGCCGCCGCCACAAUGACGACGGCACUCGGGGGAUUAAAUCUGCCCGCAAUCACAAUCGCCAUCACGAAGAGGGACAGCAGUUCGGCGGACGAGAAAGAAUCAACCACCAAUGCACGGACGGCGGCAUCGCAAAAGCCAAAAUCCGAGCUAGAGAUAGUGCCGAUCAAGGGGGACGGAUCGACAUCGGCAACCGGUACACUACCGGCUGUGGGUCUUCUGUCGAAGGAGGAAAAACCAGCGAAGGAAGGUGGUGCCGCAGCUCCCUCGCUUGCCGAUACGGCCGAGUCACGGUUGCGGAUCAUCUCGAAGAGCGAGAAUGCGGCCGCCGCUGUUUCGGUGAUGGAGCGCAAGGAUAGCAACAAGUCACCGAUCGCUACUACGUCCGCUUUGAGCAUAAUCAAAAUUGAAACUAGCAAUGGGUCACCGGUAACGGUCGGCAGUGGUUCUUCACCUUCUCCGCAACCACUGGCGACCGCAACCAGCAAAAAGGAUGCUGCGGAGGAACGGAAAACGAUCCUGCUGGACGAAUCCGAUGACGCGGCAAAACGAAAAGAAUCCCACCUGAAGCACCUUGGGCUACUGACUAUUCAGGCUGCAUCCGAGGAAAAGCAACGCCGUGCCGAACAGAAGCCAACGACUUCGAUGACCGAUUCCUCACUACAGGACGGUGGUGCGACUGGAGGUGGAUCCACCGGAACGGGAAGCGGUGCCGAAGGAUGGUUGUCGUCCGGUACUAACCAAUCCAGCACGGGUAGUGGCCGUUCUAGCGGUGGCAAUAAAUCAUCCCGCAGCUCCAAGGACGAAUACACCGUGUCGAUGAAGACGGUCGUGAAAGGCAACGGUGGAGGUGGAGCACGCGGUGAGAAGCGUAAGCAGCAACGAAUGCCGCUCAAGAUGACGUUCCAGAAGGGUAAGGGUAAGGGUGCGUCCGGUAGCAGCGGAAUAAUGGGUCGUGACUCGUCGAAUGGUUCCGGCACGUCUAGCAAUGGUAGCGGGUACGCUACCGAUACGGGCAACAACGGUGACAACACGUUCUAUACGGCGCACAUCAACGAGCUGGACCAUCACUCGUCCAACUCAUCCGAUGGACAUUCGCACCGUGAAUCGGGUGCUGGCGGUGGUAGAAAGGCACACAGCCGUUCUCACACUACCGACGGUGUGAACCUGACAGAAACGGUCGGUGAAACGGUGUCCUCGAAGGAAGUGAUUCAGAAAUCAUUGGUCAUCCCGGAGAAAGCGUCCUCCUUCAAUGUGCACCCGGAGCGACUGUGCUGGGACCAGUGUUCCUACUGUGGUGGCAAGUUUGGUUUGUAUGACACACCUUGCCACGUUGCCGCCAUAAAGUGUACUGAGCGCCAGCAGAGAAUUCUUCUCGCUACCUUGCCGAAGAUCACGCUUGACAGCUGCCUGUGUGAUGCCUGCUACCGUCAUGUCGAUCGUAAAGCAAACUGUCCACCGCAGAAGAAGAAAUCGACCACCGUAUCACAGACGAGCAGCGGUACGGCCACCGGUGGUGCGCCCAACACCACCAGCCUGCCCACCAAAUCGACCGUAUCCCCGUUGGUACUUAAGGUGACAACUAACAAGGACGGUUCGGCAAGCAUUGCCACCGAACAGCCGGCAACGCUGGACGAUGGGUCGGCAGCGAUGGGUGGAAAGGAGCGUGAAAUCUGUGCCGUGCGGCAGUGUGCGUCACACGGCAUACAAUCGUUACGCCGCAAGUGGAUGGUGAAGAUGAAGCGCAAAAUUAGCAAACAGUUGGACAUCAAUUUUGAGCAGGCGGCAAAGGCAACGACGGAACACAUUCACAUCUGUAGCAAGCACUACGAGCAGAUUAGCCACCUGAUGAUCUGCGCCAUGUGUACCAAACCGCUACAGCGAAACCAUGUGUACCAUUUGUUCAAUAAUGUGGUACAAUUGGAACGCUUAAUCCAGGAGCAGGGCAUUUCAAUGAGGCUGAGCAGUUCGGAGCUGGUCGUGUGUAAAUUAUGUAGAUAUUAUGCUAAUUUAUUGAUUAAGCCCCCGGAUGCGAAAACAAAACGGGCCCAAUUCGUGAAGGACUACAAUCGAAGAUUGUACAACUAUCGUCAGCGGAUGGCGGAAGAGCAGGACGCGGAGGGACGAGGUGUUGAGCAGACGGUCGUUCCUUCACCCCGACAACGCCCAUCCGUCCCAAUGACGGACAUAGUAAUUUCGGACGGUGAUGAAGAAGAGGACGAGGUGGAGGAAGACGAAGUGGAAGAGUGUCCCGCACCAACGCAGCAGCAACAUCAUCCAGAGGCACGGUACCAAACGUUUGGCAAUCUGUUUUCCAUCGGUGACAGUUCCGUUUCGCUAAGGCGGCGCGUAAGUAACAACCGCAAAUCACCCGAUGUAACCAUCGUCGAGAACAAUGUUGCAACGCAGAUGGGUGAGCUGGAUGAAAUCAGUAUCAUACCGGCAUCGAAAUCACUGGCCGCCUUGAACCAACAGCAGCAACAACAAUCGCAGGACGAUAACAUCGAUAUGACGAAAGUGCUCAAAUCAAAUCCAAACAUUUCAAUGCGCGAACUGUUCCCGGGCGAAGAGGAGCUCGGCGUACACGUGAACAUUCCAUUGAGUUCAUCGUCCGUGCGUACACCGGAGGGUUGGACGAAGGUAACUUCCACCAUACAGUACGAUGAUAGUACGCGCGCCCUGUGGGAAGAGUUGCAAAAACCGUACGGUAAUCAGUCGAGCUUUUUGCGCCAUUUGAUCCUGUUGGAAAAAUAUUUCCGCAAUGGUGAUUUGGUGCUGUCGCCACAGGCGAAAAAUAAUGCCACUACCUACUCGGAAGCGGUACAGAAUCGAUUGCGCUCGUACGAUAAUAUUCCGUCGUCUGUUCCGACGUCACCGCCAGCCUUAACCGCUUUGGCAUCGGUCACGCCGAAUGCAGCCGCCGAUAAGACGAGCAAAAUUUUCCAACAGUUUAGCAACGCUACCAUUACCAUUGUACCGGCAAGCAAGGUUCGUCCUAAGCCGGGUACGUCCUCUGCUCUCUCGGGUGGUUCAACUGCUGGCAAUGUUCCGGACAUUACGCCUGUAUCACCACCGGCACCCGUUAGCUUGCUCAAAUCGAACAAUCUACAUCUUACGAACAGCAGCAACGAACAGGGAACGAAAGCCAAUCUCAAGCGGAAGCUAUCGAACGAAAGUGGAAGAUCUUCCGGUGGUAACGUUUCGUUCGGUGUUAGUAUGGCAUCCACCUCGCUCAGCAACAGUGGUUCGAGUGUGUCGAAGGUGGUAAAACUGGAUGAAGUAGUACCCAAAGUAUCUCUCUCAUCCCCGCCCGAGCUUAUCAGCAUCAACUGUAAGCCGAGUGUAACCAUCACCAGCAUUCCGCCGGGACAGCCUGUAUCUCAGGCACCAUCACCAGCACCAACCACUCAGAAGCAGUUGUCGUUGUUGAACCAAUCGCAUCCAUCGCUGCUGCAAACGGGUCCUAUGCUUACGGCAAAGAAAUCUCCUCCAGGUGUUGCUAGUACCAGCACCACCACCACCGCGUCAACUGGCGCCACAUCCAACGCGACCGGUAAUGCGACGCGAGAAAUCAUCCAGAUGCCCGAACAGCUGACGGAAGCGGAACGCCGCGAAUCGUCAACGCGUCCGUGGCGGCCCACCUUGCUACCGAUCUCGCCCGGUGUGUCGGAAAGUUUAAAAACUGGCCCACUCUACCAAACAGCGGACGGUCGUUUGCUGCCAAAGUUGGUACAGGUCAUGUCGGGCGGCAAACCAUAUCACAUCUCAAUCGAAGACUAUAACCGCAUGUGCAUACUGCGACGGGAAAAGCUGCUCCAGCAGCAACACAACAUGAUACAGACAGCGAACAAACGUCAAUCGCAACUGCCCCAGCCGAAGCAACCAGUCAACACCGUACCUCCGCCAGCACUGCGUUUAACAAACGCAUCGCUGGAAAAUUCUUUACUCAACAGCACUGUGGCCACAACCUCGGGCACCAGUGGCAAUAGUGGUGGUGUUGGUGCGAAGGUAGUACAAUUCCCCAACCAGCUUCUGGAACAGAACUCACUCAUACCGAUUUUUGGCGGUGGUGGAGGAACGGGCAAAAUUGGGCCGGGCAAUGGAAAUGUACAGAAAACAAACAACAGCAGCCUCACGGUAACCAUGACGCCAACGGUCAACAACAAUAAUCUUGCCAAGGGUACGACGGUCAUCCCACCGGCAAUGAAACCACUCUCCCUGCCCAACAGUACCACCGUAUUCCCGAUGAUGUCCGCCAACACAAUUUCCCUUCCACCUCUGUUUACGAGCACCGCUUCAUCCACGCUAUUUGCCGGUGUUGGCGGUCUGACAACCCAAACAUCCUCAUCGUCCAUCAACAGCCGGCCUUCAACGGCGACGACAUCCCUUGUGCUUUCGCAACCCAGCGCAGCCGCCGCCGCUGCAGCCGCAGCUGCCCAUCUUAGCAUGAGCAACUGCAACGUGACAGCGUUGAACCCGCUGGAUCAGCUGCUCAAGGGUGGCAAUCUGGUGACGCAGGCCCAACUGCAGGAAUAUGUCGCUGCCGCAACGGCAGCGAACGGGGGCUUGUUAGGUGCAUCCUCACCGAUGGACAAUUCGCCAGACAAAUUACUCUCAAAGAUACCAAAAUCGCUCACUGUGAUACCGCAGCAGAAACAAAAUCGAACAAUGUCACGCGUUUCCUCGCAUGAGGAACAAAACAGUGCCUAAAUAUGAAACAAAUUAAUGAGAUGGGAUCGUGUCUAACAGUAAGCAGUCAAACAAACAAACAAAACACACUGUAACAAACACAACCAAUUUAGAAAACAAAAGCUUAAUCACGAGUAUAUACACACACACAUGAGGAUCAGAUGAAAUUUAUAAAUUAAAUCACAUUAAUAUUUUAGAACGUUUGUAGCGAGGCCGGGAAAUGAUAGUGGAUUACAAAACACACAUUAAACACAACGCCUAACAUAAAGUGGUUCGGUAGAACAGGAAAAUUAGCGACCUCUGUAGCAACUCUAUUACCUUGCAAACUGCCUAAACUUUGCCCAGAACUGAGGCAAUGACCAUGCACGCAAAUAUCUUGAUUAACCCCGAGCGAUAUAUCAACCGAAUCUAUGAAGCGAUUGUAGAAUUAUUGAGGUAAAUCGGCACGUUUAACAAUCCUAGAGAUUCGUUUAGAAGAGGACCAUAUUUGCACUGCACCGCAUCGCUUAAUGAAUGAUGUUUUUUUUUAAAUCCAUACUCCUCUAGUCAUUAAUGCCUUUUCUUCAUACAGUUUCAAUUUUCCUAUCCGCUUAAUCGCCUAACUUUCCGUUGGGUUAUCAUAAUUGUGUGAGAGUGCGGCUGGUUCCAUUUCCUAUUAACAAGUUCGCUGUAAAGAAGUGUGCGUAAAAGUAUGCGCGGCCUUUCACAGUAAAUACGCUAGAUAACAUAUCUUGAGAUGAAGAAGAAGAAAACACUUAUCCUUAUCAAUUAGGCAUGUCAAUAGAUCACCACACCGGGAGAAAGAGGGAUAUAGAAAGCGGGUAAUCGUGGUAGAAGUGAUGGCAGUUGAACACUUGAACUUAUUUUCUUUCACUGUUUGGCAGUUUUUGUUUUUCACCUCAGUUUCAUGACAUGAACACAUGAUUUGAUAUAUGUACGGUUAAGACCUGUUUUCGCCAUAAGAUAAAGUAUUUUCUAAAGGACUGAAAUACUCUUUAUCGCGGUCCCUAUUGAUUAUGUCAGAACAGUUCGUCUGCACGAACUUAUCUCUGUUAGAUGAUUGCAUCUCCAAUUUAACAAUUUUUGAUAGUUUUUUACUACGGAAAAGCAUAUAACAGGCUUAUCCCAUAGCACAAGAACUUGGUAUUGAGUUGUAUAAACUGUAAUUUUAAAUUAUCGUUCUUGCCGACCUUUCUUCAAGAAACGUUAUAUUGCUAUAUAGUAUGUGCUUCCUGUUGCAAAAUCAUUUUGCCAGACACAAACAAAUAACAGAAAAUAUGUACAAGUGAAGAUUCUGUCUAGACAAAGCUACAAUUUAAAGCUUUCACAUUGCCCUAAUAGAAAUGCCACAAGAAAUUUGCAGACAACUACCCAGACUGAGAUGUGGCUUGAAUUCGUGUAUACUUGCUUCUUAGCUUUGUUACCCUUUUCUUACUCAUCCUUUAUUUCUUCACAAGUCAUAUGUUGCCAGAUAUUAGAAGAAAAAUGAGAUAACAAUCCAUUAUCUACAAUUGAUAUCAUUUGAUCAUCAAUUUACUCCGAUCAUCAGCAAAACCCGGUUAAUUAAUUCCGUUCAACAACCAACAACUCGUCAUAAUGGCUUUUUCAUCCAAAUUGACACAUGCUUACGUACCCCGGCUAUCGAUAGGACAACUCGCUAGCAAUAACAUUCCAAUAGCAACACAGCAAAUUGCGUUGUUGUGAGAAUAACAGUUUAAUCUUACCCCAUUUGAAUCAAGCACGUCUUUCUUAAUACCUUGCGCGAAAGAAGGGAUUUACAUGCGGAGAGUUUUGUGAGUAAGGUGUGUACACAUAAUUUAAUUUAUUACUGUUUAGUGCAGGAGAGAAUUGUGUACAGAAUAAGGGUAAAAGAAAAAAAAAAACACACACAUUGAAGACAUUUGUAAAAAAGCAAAAUAUUUUUCUCACCUUCCACACACCACACGAGCCGAACGAGUGCAGUAAGCGUUAAUGGAUUGAUUUGUAUUAUUACCACCGUAAUCACAUAUAACUACCGAGUUUAAGUUUUGAUAAUACAGCGUAGAAUUUAUUGCUCACUUCUACUACACUGCCACUGUUGUCUAAACGUGCGCGGGAUAGUAGUGAAGUUACACGGAUUUGGUAUAAAAGUUUGUUAGCGCAAAAUUAAACAUAACGUUUAGUUAGCGUAAGAAUUUGAAAAUAGUAAAAUAUGAACUCUAUUUAGGCUUGUUUUUUGAUCAUUUUUUGAACACACACACACACACACACACACACACACACACACACACACGAAAUCGAACAAUCAUCGUACGCGUAUACGUGUAAUUGGUCAUACAAUUGUUUGUAUCAUAGUUUCAACUCUAAGUUAUCGGCCUUUAGUUCGUGUAUGUGAUCGCAUACGAAUAGUGCAGUAUAGUGCAGAAAAUAUGCGAAUAAAGAUGAAUAAAACAUGCCCCGUACAGUUGCAGUAUAUCGCAUGUAAUGUUCAAAAAGUCAUCGCGUGUUUUCUUUUUUUUUUAAAGUACGGCAUUAAAUUAUGUACUGUGCGCAUACAUUAAUAACCGUUUAAUUUCAUGCUUAUUGUACGAUCUCUUCCAUAAAUUUAGCAGCAGUAGCAGCAGAGAGAGAAAGAGAGUGUUUGUGCGUUUGCUAUCGUUUUGUAUUGUGUUAGUUACUGGAGUUAGGUCAAAAACACAAAAAACAAUGAACCUAGAGUACACAAACUUUUGAUUACAUACUCACUUUAUCGCUAGUGGACUGAACCCUCUCCCCUACCCUGCUCCUCCCUCCCAGACGCUAGAGGAAAUGCAAAUUAUGCCAACUAAACGAUUCCCCGUUUUUGUUGGAUGUUGAACCAAACGGUACGUGGUUCGUACACAUCGAACAUUAGGCCUGGCAAAACUUACACAAACCACAUUCUUAGCCAUUAAGCAGCUUCCGAUAUAAUGUUAUACGCGAAUGGGACAAAGUGUCCGAAGCCUAAGGAGCACAUCCCUCAAGAGAUUUGGUGUUUGUGUGUGCGCGAUAAGACGGAAAAAAAACGGGACGCAAAGAAUGCAUAUUUUUUACGAAAAGUUCUAUCCAUAUAUACAUACAUACAUAUAUAUCUAUACAUAUACACAAAAUGCUGAACUAUAGCGUGUAGGAAAGAAGAAAAAAAAAUCGCAUACUUAGGAAGUAUAUUGCAAAAGAAAAUGGUGGACGAAAGAUGAUUGAAAUCCUAAUGCAUUCGCUCUACAGGUGCAGUGAUUGGCGUGCAUAAAAGGCAUGAAUUAGAAUAAAUAAUUAACACAAGCAACAGUGCGAGUCAUCAGUGCGCAAACACUUAGCACUAUUCUGAAGCAAAAUAAAGUUACACUAAGAAAAAGUACAAAAACAAAAA